GGCCGGGUUAGGCUGCCUGAAGACUUUGAAGCCCUGCUUGCUUCAUAUCGCGGGCGUGGGAGUGUGGGGUGCAAAACGGGUCCCCUUUUAUCCCGGCUCGCUUCCGGCGUCAUGGCUCAAAGGGCCUUCCCGAAUCCUUAUGCCGAUUAUAACAAAUCCCUGGCCGAAGGCUACUUUGAUUCUGCCGGGAGGCUGACCCCUGAGUUCUCGCAACGCUUGAACAAUAAGAUUCGGGAGCUUCUUCAGCAAAUGGAGAGAGGCCUAAAGUCAGCAGAUCCUCGGGAUGGCACUUGUUACACUGGCUGGUCAGGUAUGAAGCACUGGCCAGCAUGUAUUUUUUAUUCCAGGCUGAUUCACCUAAAUAAGAUUGAUCCCCAUGCUCCAAAUGAAAUGCUGUACGGACGAAUGGGCUACAUCUAUGCACUUCUUUUUGUGAAUAAGCACUUUGGAGAGGAAAAGAUUCCUCUAAGCCAUAUUCAGCAGAUUUGUGAAACAGUUCUAACCUCUGGAGAAAGCCUGGCUAGAAAGAGAAACUUCACGGCAAAGACUCCACUGAUGUAUGAAUGGUACCAGGAAUAUUAUGUGGGGGCUGCUCAUGGCCUGGCAGGAAUUUAUUACUUCCUGAUGCAGGUAGGAGGUGAUUAUGGUGAGACUUUAAAGUGUGCUUUUGUAGACUAUGUCUGCCAGCUGAAAUUCCCUUCUGGCAAUUACCCUCCAUGUGUGGACGAUAAUCGAGAUCUGCUUGUCCAUUGGUGCCAUGGUGCCCCUGGAGUAAUCUACAUGCUCAUCCAGGCCUAUAAGGUGUUCAGAGAGGAGCAGUAUCUCAGUGACGCCUACCGGUGUGCCGAUGUGAUCUGGCAGUAUGGGUUGCUGAAGAAAGGCUAUGGACUGUGCCACGGUACCGCGGGGAAUGCCUAUGCCUUCCUGACACUGUACAACCUCACACAGGAUAUGAAGUACCUGUAUAGGGCUUGUAAGUUUGCUGAGUGGUGCUUAGAUUAUGGAGAACAUGGAUGUAGAACACCGGACACCCCCUUCUCCCUCUUUGAAGGUAUUCUUCACACAUUAGUAUCUACUUCUCUGCUUGAUACUUAAUGUACUUCAAUUUGAAUUUUAUCAGCAAA